UUAUUUUGCAGUGAGAUGAAAGCCUUUCCAUAAGAAGGAUGGAAAAAUAAGAGGUCUACGUGAUUUAAAAUAUUCGAAAAAAAAAUUCCUAAAUGUCUUUUUGACAAUCUUACUGUAACAGUAACAUUACAUCGGAUAUCUUUAUUUUUCUUCCUUAAAAUUUAAUUGACAUCAUGUAUUUGCAUAGUAAUCGAGCUGUAAGUUUAUUUUUUCAGGACUGAUUUGUCCCAUCCAUCACGUAGCAAACGUUACGAAGAACUGUAUGGAAAUUUUUUUAAACGUUUUGCAAUAAUUUCUUUGAUGUAGAACAAGAACAUAGAUUGACCAUUGCCUAACCUUACGAUUAAACAUCUUUCUCGCACGCAAUUGACUGUCGUCUGUUUGAAGUAUUUAUGACUUCGAUGCACACACACAAAUAUACUUGGCUCUUUGGAUUUCAUCCCGUUUUGGGUCAGUGUAUGUCGUGGGUUUUCUGCGGUUUCCUCUACCUUCCUCUCACCCUCAUUGUGCAAAAUCACCUCUAGGUGGAAAUACUUUCUCGCCAAAACAACCAAGCGACCAUCUCUUUGGGUUGCUUGUGUUGUAUCAGACGGAAGAAAGUCGGCAGUAGCAAACGACUCGUAUUGCUACUGUUAGUCCCUGGACUGCUGGCCGACGAUCUUUUUUCCCAGUUGUCUACUAAAACGAGGCAUGAUCCAAGAAAGCUUCCGGUUUAGUCACAUUCUUUGUUACGGCUCGCCGAGACUAACUUCGGAUCACUUCGCAAGAGGCUAAGCGUUGGUCUUGGCAGACAGACAGCAGUCCACCUAUACACAUCCUUGGUUUGUCGCUUGCCUUGCUGAUACUUUAUUCAAUAUAGACGUACUAACAGGACACUUGUUUUGUUAAGUCGUAAUAUUUUUAAAAGUAUAUCUGCCAGAAAACAUUUAUGAUUAUUUAAAAUUAGACCACGCAUUGAAAUUUAUGUUUAAUUUUUUGUAAAGUAUUUCAAGCAGUUGAAAAUGGGGGAGUGCAUCAUUAGAGGGAGGAGAUAGGCAUCCCUGUUCACAUAAGAAAGUUACGUUUGAAGUUCCAUUUCAUAAACUAGUUCUGGUUGAAAUCGCUUGACAGUUGAUAAAAAUGUGAGUGUCUAUCUGUGUAACUGCAUGUGUUCCAGAUUUUGUUUUGGGUCGAUCCAAACUUCAUUUGUUGGCUCACCAGCAAUUAUGCACUGAAGCGCGCAUUUAUCGAACAAUAAAGAUAAUUGUGAUACAAAUAGCAAAGUAUACAGGAAAAGGUGCAUUGCCAAAAAAAAAAAAAAAAAAAAAAAAAAGACUACCAUCUUUGUUGACAACAACCGAUUAUGAACUGGCACCAUGUGACAUCAGGUCAGAAGGUGUGCACUUACGGCGUGGGCGAAGGUGUGUCGACUUAUCACCACUUCCUCGUUCUGAAAAAACCCUCCACUUCGUAACUUGAUCUGCGACACAGUAAACAGCACGAAGGCUAAGCUACCCGUGAUAUCCAAGACUCCAACUACUUCAAAAUGUGGAUGUUCUUAAGAGCUGGACUGCUGUGGACAUUUUACCUUACAGCAGUUAAGAUGGAAGAGUAUGAAGCAUGCCCCCAGCAGCAAGGCGAGUUAACACAGUGCUGCACACUGUCUUCAGGUGUUCUGCGUUGUCCAGCGAACAUGUGUCCAACUGGUUAUUUUGUCAGCUUUACCAGUUUCUGCCGCACCUCUUCGGAAGAGACGACAACAAAACAAGAGGAAGAAACUGCUGCGUUCUACAGCCCCACAGUAAUGGCCACAACGUCAGCGUCAGUUUCUGUAACUGCCGAAUCGUUACGCGAGUCUUCGCGGAUAACUACAUCGGAAAUGGUGCAGAACACUUCAUCAACAAAAGUGACGUCAGGUCAGAUGCCAUCUACACUGACAUCACUCACAACAUCAUCUGAGAAUUCGCCCAUGACUGCUGCAGGGUUCACGAUGACAGGUGAGGUCCGUGAGGAAACGACGCCAAAUGGGACAGCGUAUGUCACGUGCUGUCAGGACUGCAUAAACUGCACUGCCAACCAAUCAGAAAACGACCAACACAAGACCUCGAUUCCUAUUAUUUCCGGCGUCGUGAUUGGUUGUCUGAUUCUCUUGGCACUCUUCACCUUUCUGGUUAUAUGGAAACGAAAAAAGAGUAGAAAAGAUGCAUACGAAAUAGACAACAGAUUGAGUCAAAGACCUGGCUAUGAAGAAGAUAUUAACAGGCACUCGUUUUCAAGAUUUGUUAAAAUAAAUGUGGGCCGCCCGAUUGUCUUCAUCGCGAAAGGCAACAACUCCAAGACAGAAACUACAGAAGUCUAUGAAGAAAUUGCCUUGUCUCCCCAGUCUUCACACACCAGAAAGCAAGCAUCGAAUGGGGAAACUCUCACAAAUCCCUGCCAUUAUUUACAGCCCAACAAGAUCGUCAUUGGCGAUGACAUUGACGACCAGGCCGUCUUUACGGGGUCCUCUAUCAGACCCGACGAAACAUGCCGGAAAAAAGUUGAACUUCAUAGAGGACCAUCGAUGCCAUAUUAUACAAAUGAAAGUGCCCCAGUAAACAGAGAUCGUGACGAGUACAGAGAUAAUGAUGCCGUGAAACUCAGCUGGCCGGACAAAAGAGACGAGAGCAGAGAAGGGGCGCAACGCGGCGUUAACUCAGAAACCUUAAUAUACAAGGGCGGUUUAUGCAACAGUCUUGGCGUGUUGAAUACAUCUAUUGAUUCCAGCACUAAAGAUCUACCGUUAAAACUAUCUGCAGAAAACCCAUGUCCACAGGAAGGUCAAAGUAGUAAAGAUAAAAUGUAUAAGGGGAAAGGUCCGUUAUCAUCGUUCAAGAGCUACCAUCCUAUCCGCCGUUCACGCUGGCAUGAUUCCAUCAAAGCCUAUAAAGACAGCGUAGAGAGUGCCGACAGUGGUAUCUACUCGUCGCGGGAAAGCUGGGUAGCAAACGACGAUGGUGACUUAUCCAGUCUAAAGGACCAGAGUGUCGGGUCCGUUGACUCACCCGAAGAGUGUGGCUCUCGGGAAAGUCUGACAAAUGCACACGACAGCUACUACACCGAGGAACAAGACUUUUUGCACUCUUCGAAAUCAACACAAACGGUUUUGAAAAACAUCCUGCCAGAUCCCGUGCUAAGUGAGGACUGGCAAUUUUCAAACGAGUUUUCAGUGAUGGGAGGAAAAUUGCAGGGGAAUGACUCAGAUGUUAUCUUAGAAAUUCCGGUAGGUGGUAUCGGGAAAGACGAAGUCGUUACCAUUCAUGGCGCGGUGUCGACGGAUCUGAACAAAGCUUACAGUAAACUGGACCUGCCAAAAGAUGAGGUCAUUGUCAGCCCUAUCGUGGAGUACUUCGCGGGCUUGGGGUUUACCUUUCAAAAAGCUGUCAAAAUUGUGCUGCCUUCUUUUAUGCCUCCAAAUGUUUCCCUGGAACACAUUCACGUUUAUCAGUUCCAUUCUGAAAACAACAAGGUACACUGCUAUCGUCUUCAGACUUUAAACACAAACAUGGAACACUUUGAAGUCGACACCUACGGAAGACAAAUCCACAUUGUGACUCAUCAUUUUAGCGGGUAUCUGUGCACGGUUUGUGAGAAGGCGUGUGCGGACUACACCAAGCCGCAUGACAUCACUCUUCAAGUCUAUGCUAAGCACGUGCUGAGGGAUGAUAACACCAGAGAGGUGAUAGUGAGACUGGACAUGUGGGACGCUCGAUUUUCCAUCAAAGACUUUCAAAAGCCACCAGAAAACAGCACCAAAAAUCGUCAGAUGCUUCUAAUUACCCGCGAAAAGCUGCCUCGUCUACCCGCUGGAGUAGAGGUGGAAGGAAUUGAAGUCGGGGGGCGCCUUGGCAUGGGAGACACCCAGAAGGAUCUCUGGACUCACGUCACUGACGGCGCCACUGUCCUUAAGCCCGUGCUGCAGACAAUGGAGCUCAACAGAUUUUACCCUUCCCGAUGUCACACCAUGGACUUUCCUUGCUGCUUUAGCUGGGAACUUCAGAACCAAACGGACAUACUCCCGCAGAUGGAAUUCGAAUGUUUUGUUUAUGUUGGUUAUAUCUCACCCAAAGAACGGGCACGUACUGCCGAUGACACCAACAUCUUCAUGACAGAUGUUCCUCCCGUGGGCAUCACAGUCAGGCGUGCCAAGGAGUUUGACGCUGACUAUCGCUGCUCACUCAUGCCGGAUGGUACCAGCGGUUCUUGGCAGACUCAUCAUAUCCCUUCGAGGCAAUCUUCGAUUUCGUUCGACUCUGUGCUGUCUCCCUCAGAAUGUCAUCACUACAAGCAAUCAGGUCAGGGCGUCGUUCGAUCACCUUCACUUAACAAGUUAGAGAUCGAAAAUGUUCAAAAUCUUAUCGUCUGCCCAGGCGCUGUCAGUCCCAUGGAAGAACAGCCUUCAAGUAGUACCCAUCCCAAAGAACAGCCUGGGAUGUGUCAGCCAUUACAGCCCCAAGAAGAACUGUGUUCACAUGUUUUGCCGAACACAAGAAACAGCACAAGCGUGCAUGACAACAUGAAACGUCCGGUACAAGUUUCAAACCGCGAGGAUGACCUGAACCAGUCACAUGACUUUUAGAACAGGGAGGACCGUUAGCCAUACCGGGAUGUGGCGAAUUCAGUCAGAUUUGAUGCAUCGAUUUUGUUUGCUUUUAUCAAAUUAUUAUGUGAUGUAUAUUAGUGAGAGUAAACUAAAUGACACUGAUUCUAUUGAUGUUCCUGGUUGCGUCUCAUUCCACAAAACCAGGGUAAAUUUCAUAGAAAAUCAGGGGAAUUUUGAGUUUUAUCAAAUAAUGUUUUGUUAGUCAUAUUACAAUAUUUUAAGAAAGUAAGUUUGCAUACAUGAUAGCUGACAAUGUAAAAUGUUAUGACUGUUUUGUUGCAUUAAAUUUGAAAAAAACUAUCUAUAAUAAGAAAAAAUUUACAGGAAAAAAAUAAUCCUAAUAUAAUCAAAAAGGUAUGAAGCCUAAAUUAUUUUUAUGUUUGAUCUUCAGCCUAGAAAAACAACUUUCUUUCAGAACUGUGUUAAAAUUAGACAUCCUAGAUAAUAUUAUUGACAGAUGUUUGUAAUUGGGAUAAUUAAUUUUAACAUUUAUUGUGUAUUUUUAUUAGUUAAUAUACUUUCAAUUUAGUUGACAUCCUUAAUUGAAUACAGGCCUGCAAGAGAGGCUGAGCUGUUUUGUAAAGAAACGAACGAACAAAUGUCCAGGCGUCUACGUGUCUGUGACAUAGUCACGAUGGCAGGCAAGGGGAGCAAUUUAUCUCAAUGACUUGAAAACACAUUUCUUAGCAGACUGUUAGUGGUCUCUCAGAAUUAGCCAAAUUGGCACCAAAUAACCUUAUUUCUCAAGAAACUUAUGUACUUCUUAUAUUAUUUAUAUUAGUUUAGGUCAUUGAAUAACCAUUUUCCAGCGAACAAAUGUAGGCAAACAGAUAUUCCUAGAAAUGAAAGAUUCUGUAGAUUCUGUAAUAUUAAAGAUAUAUGGGAGGAAUUCCAUUAUCUAACUGUAAAAAAUGGGAUGACUAUCGUAAAAAUUGUUUAUUUUAUUUUACUUUAUUCACAAUCUAAAUGCCUAUAAAUUCUAACUGCCUAUAAAUUGCUAACUUAAAAAAAAAAAAUAAAAAGACCCUUAGCAGAUUAGCUCGAUUCGUGAAGAUUUUACUAAGGAUGGUGAACUAGAUGCAUUUAUAAAGUGGGUGGGUGGAUUUAAGUGAGAUAUUGUAUAUUGGGACGGAUGGGAGUGUGUUAGUAUAUACAGUACCCCUAGAAGGUAAAGAAAUAGUUAAGAAUACAGAAUGUAUGUGAAGGAGAGAGACAGAGCAAGAGUGUGUUUAUCCUUUGUUUACAUGUAUUCAUAUGCUUUAAUUUACUUGACAAUAUAUGCAGGUAUACAUGAAAAGGCUGGAAGAAGGAAAGAAUGAGUGGAUGAUACAAAGACUUUGUUUUGGUUGUUGUUUUUCCUUUUUUUAUAUAUAUAAGCUGCAAUAAACUGACCAGUGAGUA